UGCUUUUAUACACUUUAAAAAGUGGCUGAAUUCUUGCAGCUUAACUUUUUUAAUAAAUAUCGUAGAAUUUAAAUAUCUUUUCUCUCUUCUGCUUUCAGUCAUGGCGUCUGGUGAUCUGAGGAAGGAGCUGGAAUGUUCCAUCUGUCUGGACAUUUAUACAGAUCCUGUAACCCUGAAAUGUGGACACAACUUUUGCCGGGACUGUAUUGGUCGUGUGUUGGAUACACUGGAGGGGUCUGGAGGUUUUCCCUGUCCUGAAUGUAGAGAAGAGUUCCAGGAUCGGCCUGCACUGCGGAGGAACAUAACACUGCGUAACAUUGUGGAGAAUUUCCUGUCUGCUCAACCAGAUCAGAAAUCUGAGUUCUUCUGUACUUACUGUAUUCACACUCCUGUACCUGCUGUCAUAUCCUGUCUGCUGUGUGACGCUUCUCUGUGUGACGAUCACCUGAGAGUCCACAGCAAGUCACCAGAACACGUCUUAUGUGAGCUCACCUCUUCACCGGAGAACAGGAAAUGCUCCGUCCAUAACGAACUACUGAAGUAUUACUGCACGGAGGACUCCACUUGUAUCUGUGCAUAUUGCAGAUUGGCCCUAGAACAUCAGGGACACCAGGUGGAGACUCUGGAUGUGGCCUCUGAGAUGAAGAAGAAGAAACUGAGAAAUGUUCUUCAGGAACUGGGGAUAGGAAGAGAGGAGACGGAGAAAAGAGUCCAGAGUCUGCAGGAACACAGGAGGAAAGUACAAGGAAAAGCAGAUGAUGAAACAGAGAAAGCCACUGUCCUGUUCAGAGACCUCAGGAGACGUCUGGAAGACCUGGAGAAGAGAGUCCUGAAUGAGAUCUCCAGACAGGCAGAGCGGGUCUCUCUAUCACUGUCUGAUAUGAUCCAACAGCUGGAAAUAAAGGAGGAGGAGCUGUCCAGGAAGAUGGAGGACAUUGAGGAGCUGUGUAACAUGACGGAUCCACUGACUUUUCUACAGGAAUCAGACAGAGGUGACUUUUGUGAUAUGGAGGUUAGAGAUAAGGAGAAAGAGAGACAUGAUAGACUCCUCCAUGAUGGAGGGGAUCUGGAUGUGGCGAGAAUCUCGCACACAUUACACACAGGUUUAUCUGAUAUCAUGUCUGGGGUAAAUGUACAGAAAUGUACAGACACAGAGGUUUAUCCACAUUCUUCUACAAAGGAAAUGGUCCCCUCCGUUGCUAAACAACGUAGGAAACGUCCCCAACCCACUUACACCAUACAACCCUCCUCCACCAUACAACACUCACACCGCCAGGCUGGAGGACCAAAUAUUGGGGCUGUACAGCAAACAUCGGUGUUUGCAGACAUAUUACUGGAUGCGCAGACAGCUGGUAAUCAUCUACAAGUCUCAGGUGAUAGGAAAACAGUGUCCAGGACCGCAAAUCCGAUGCCUCCAAAUAGCCCGGGGAGCUUUCGGUGUUCUCAGGUGAUGAGCAGUCAGAGGUUUUCCUCAGGGAGACAUUACUGGGAAGUGGAUUUUGGGGGGUCAGAGAUCUGGAGAAUUGGAAUGUGUUACCCCAGUAUAGCUAGGAUCGGAUAUCAUUCACAGAUUGGCUAUAAUGAGAAGUCCUGGUGUUUGGAGCGGAGGAAGAAUAAUCAGUACUCAGUGAUACAUGACUUCAAGCCGGUCCCAUUACCCGGCUAUCUUUUCAGUUGCAGAGUCAGGAUAGAGCUGGAUUAUGAGGCCGGGCAGAUCUCAUUUUAUGAUCUGUGUGACCCGAUCCGACACCUCCACACCUUUAUCACCACCUUCACUGAGCCCCUCCAUGCUGUGUUACGUGUAGGGAAUGGUUCCUGUUUAAAUAUAUCUGGGGGGAAAUUAGAUGUGAGAAAGCUGCCUAUAUCUGGGGGGAAAUCGGAUGUGAGAAAGCCGCCUAGAUACUGGGGGGGAGCAGCGGGCAAAAACCACUACUACUGAUUUAUCUAUGAAGUUGUAUGCUCGGGGGGCCGUCAUCCUUAUCCUAAACCUCACUUUACUACCUAGUGUGUUACUGACCAGGAACAAGCAUGCAGGAGGUCACAUUAUUUUGGCUUCAUUGGCUGCAUGCUUGUUCUGGGUCAGUGAAACUCGAGGUAGUUUAGUGAGGAUUGGGGUUAGUCCAAGAUCUUUCACCUUUACAGUGUAUCUAAAGCCAACUUGUGUUUUCAGUUUUAGGUGGAGUAGAGUUGUAUUACAACCUUUUUUUUAUUUUUAAUAUGUUCUACUCUCUGUAAAUAUAUCCAAUAAAAAAAAAAGUUCUUUAUAAA